UGGGCUCAGCGCCGUCAUCAUGGGGAGCCGAGGGUUUGGGGCCGUGCGCCGGGGAAACGACGGGAAGCUCGGGAGCGUCAGCGAUUACUGCGUUCAUCACUGCGUUUGUCCCGUUGUUGUCGUGAGGUAUCCGGAAGAUAAGGACGACGGUAAUGACGGCAGCGAUGGCGGCACCGCCGUGCUCGCCGCGAAGAACGAGGAAGACGAGGCCGUGAUCAAGCCCGUGGAGAAGGAGAAGCAUCUAAAAGAUGCUUGACAGGAUAACAGGGGAUGGAUUGAUCAUCUCCAAGUGCAGGU